AAUGAUGAUAAUAUAGAUAAUGAUGAUUUGUCUAAUAUUGUAAAAGAGAUAAAAGAAGAGAAAGAGAUUCCUUGUAAUAGAGAAGAAGAUAGAAAGAGUAAACGGAUUAUAUCUAAGACUAAAAAGCUUAACGAAAAUAAAGGUGUGGUUGUCAAAUCAAAAACAUCAUGCAAAAAAAAAUAUACUCGGUCUUGGAAGGAAAGAUGGAGCUACUGUGCAAGAUGCAACAUUCAAUUUGAAGCAAGAGAUCUUUUGGUUGCACAUAAGAAGGAGUUUCAUAAAGAUACUGGGUAUAUGUGUGACGUUUGCGGCAAACUAUUUUCCCGCCGUGCAACUAUAACCACGCACAAGCUUAUCCAUAGACCGGCGAGCUUCAAGUGCGAGCAUUGCUCCUACUGCACGUCGCUCAAGGCCGAUCUUAAGGAGCACAUGUACACACAUUCUAACGUCAAACACUACAAGUGCAAAGAGUGCCCCCUCUCGUUCAAAACAGCAUCAACAUUGAAACAUCAUGUCCAGGUGCAGCACGAAAAAACACCCAAAUAUCCUUGCACUAAAUGCGACAAGGGAUAUUACUCGUUGUUCAGAUUACAAACUCACAUGGAUGGACAUGAAUCGAUUAAACGCGAAAAUAAUGGGGUGGUUGUCAAAUCAAAAACAUCAUGCAAAAAAAAAUAUACUCGGUCUUGGAAGGAAAGAUGGAGCUACUGUGCAAGAUGCAACAUUCAAUUUGAAGCAAAAGAUCUCUUGGUUGCACAUAAGAAGGAGUUUCAUAAAAAUCAUAAACGUAAAGAUUCUGGGUAUAUGUGUGAGGUGUGCGGCAAACUAUUUUCCCGCCGUGCAGCUAUAACCACGCACAAGCUUAUCCAUAGACCGGCGAGCCUCAAGUGCGAGCAUUGCUCCUACUGCACGUCGCUCAAGUCUGAUCUGAAGAAGCACAUGUACACACAUUCUGACGUCAAACACUACAAGUGCAAAGAGUGCCCCCUCUCGUUCAAAACAGCAUCAACAUUGAAACAUCACGUCCAGGUGAAUCACGAAAAAACACCCAAAUAUUUUUGCACUAAGUGCGACAAGGGAUAUUACUCCAUGUCCAGAUUACAAAGUCAUAUGGAUGCACAUGAAUCGAUUAAACGGCAUCAAUGUGACGUCUGUCGAACGUUGUUCGCAAAGCGCACUUAUUUGACGAAGCAUAUAUUGAAGCAGCAUGGUAUCAUUCUGCCGAAACCAAGGCGCGGAAAACGGAAAAUUAAUGAAGUUAUUGAAAAUCUCUGUAAAUAAUAAAACAUUUGCAUAUUUUA